GGAACAAAGUGAAAAAUUACUACUAUUAUAGAAGGGGGGAACAAAGAAAAUUACUACUAUUAUUACUACUAUUACUACCACUAUCACUACUAGAUUUAUAUGAUGAAGUGGCUUCCUUUGCCUAAAAUAGCACAUGGAAUAGCCAUUUAUCCCUUCUCUCCUUCAACCGCUAUCAAGCCCUCGGGCCAAUUAACACCAGUACCUAAUGACGAUGCUUCCAUUCAUACCAAUGCUUCAUCAUCAUCCAUGGAUCUACAACCACAGUCAACCAACGAAAAAGACUACAGUCAUUUAAUAUCGCUCGAAGUGGGCGAUGAGUUAUUUGUAUUUGAACAACAAGGGCAAUGGUAUCGAGGUUAUGUCAUUUGUCCAUUAGAGGAAGGCAGGAAGCCCAACAAGGCUCCGAUCGGUAUCUUUCCAAGAUCGCAUGUGGCCAUUAAAGAAUACUUGGAUAUUGAUCCUGAUGAGGCAGACACGUUAGCUUUUCGUCGACAUGGACUGGACCGGCCCUUGUCCGAGAUUCCCAAUGGUUUACCAAGAUCGUUUUCGGAAUCGUUUAUUCAACCCACGAGUCCAUUGGAUUACCACUCCAAUUAUUCAGCAGGUCGUCCCGGUAGCUUUGGUGACUUGAAUUUCGAAUCAGAGACGGAGAACACGAUUAAAACCGUGCUACAUAUACCCCCACCACCUUUACCUCUGGCUCGAUUCGACCAAUCUACAGUGACUGGAAGUUCCGAGCCUCUCGUGGAUGAAAUUGCCGCAUGUGUCAGUGAAUGGAAUAGUUUGCUCUAUACAUACAUCAAUCAACGACAAUACAAUUUAUUUAAUACUGUUCGAGAUCAUAUCAAUUAUUUAUUUCAGGCAAGAAGACAGUUACUCGAUCAAGCCUUAUCAAGGGAAGAGUUAUUUAAAUUAAGAAAGGAUAUCAUACAACGCAUGGUCAUUGGUAAUAUGGAUCAACAUCAGCCCAUGAUCAUUCGUCAACCCCAAAAGGGUUAUUUACUCGAUGCCAAUAAUGCUUCUCUCAGUAACAUAUAUCGUAUGCACUGGAAAUAUGCCACUUCUGUUAUCAACAACAAUGAGUUUUCAACUACGACAACAAACACCGCCACAAAUGCAACAACGACAACAACAACGACGACGACUGCGCCCAGUGACACCGUCCUUUUACAGAAUACACCCAAUCAGCAGCAACAACAACAACAGCAAGCAUCACAUCCCAAGGGAGCCAAAUUCCAUCAUUUAUUUUUUGAACUAAAAGCAUGUGUUGCGCAAAUUUGUCAAGCGGGCGAAUUCACCGAAUUGUAUUUUGCAUUGUAUUCUGCCACCGAACAAAAGUUCUUGACCGAACAAUUUGUGGUUGUAUUAAACUACAAUGGUAUGCCCAAAGACGAAACACAGAUUGGAAAGAUGCGAGCACUCUUUGUCGAUUUAUCGUUGCAUGAUUUAACCGAUAACCUUUAUUUGGUCUGUCAUAUUGUCAGACUAGGUGGUAUGAAAUGGAACGACAAGGACCAGUUUUAUUCAUCUUCGAUCUUUCAUUCCAACAAGCACCAAUCUUUCCAAAAGCAACAGUUUAACGGAAAUGCUGUAUCGACGCUCUGUAAAAGACCGUUUGGAUGUGCCGUGCUUAAAUUAAGUUCGAUCCUGAACCCUUCUGAUCCAUCCUCUACCACUACCACCACCAAUUCUUCUUCCAUCGUCACUCAGUCGUCGUUGGUAGAAUAUGAUAUGCCCAUCUAUGUUCCCAUCUCAGAAUCAACCUAUACCAGCCUACAUGAAAGCAUUAUUUUCGGCAACGCCAAGGAAUUUCAAACAAAUCCUCGUGCAGAGACACUCCGUAUCUCCGUACGCACCUUUUUUGGUUAUUUAGAUGAACUUUUGAAAACAAAUGCCGCUUUAUUAGGAGACGUGCCUAAAACAUUGCGUUUGGGUUUUGCUGAUGUUGUGUUUCCCGAUGACGGUCGUAAUGAACUGUAUAUCACUUUAGAAUCAGGUGAUUUCACACAGUUUAAUCGGUCCAGAAAUAUUCAGGUGGCCAUGUGUGUGCGUGAUAACAAGACGGGUGAGGUGAUUGAGAAUGCCAUCUCGAUAGGCGCAGGAACACGACCUGUCAGUUCUUGGGAGAGUAUGAUUAUGUAUCAUGAGCAACGACCCAAAUGGGGUGAAAUGAUCAAGAUUCAUAUCAAGGACAAUCAUCAGUGGGAAAGAUCGCAUGUCUUUUUAACAAUCAAGCAUAAAAGCUCUAGUUACAAUGGAUCGGGUGCCAAUCCAGCCAUCAUCAAAUUCGGUAGUAAUGAAGUCGCACCAAAUGAAAAGAUCAUUUCCAUGGGCUUUUUACCCUUGUUUUUACCUCCCUUGCAUCGUGAUUUUAUAGCAGAUGGUACACAUACUUUAUACCUGUAUAAAUAUGAUCGUCAAGCCAGUACGCCGAAAAAUUACCUGGAAAACACGCCCUGGUGUUUACGGUCAUCUUCUCCUUCCAAUAUGGUACAACAAAAUAUGGACUAUCUUGUACGCGUUCGAUCACCCACACCGUUACGCAAGAUGGGUCAUCAACAUUCACCAUCGAACCAAAGUUUUAAAAGUGCCACAGGCUCAUUUUCUUCUUCUGCCUUUGGUACCAGUGCUUCCAACAGCGUCAGUGAUUUAUCUCUUGGUCAAAACAAGUUGACUUCGUUGCGUGACACCCUUGUUUUAUCCACCUUUUUAUGCUCCACCCAAUUUACACAAAAUAAGACGCUUGUGAAACUACUGAAUUGGCGCACCUUGAUGGAAGGUACAGAAGAUGGUACGGUAGAAUUACUUUCGAUUUUAGAUCAAUUCACGUUUGUAGGUGAAGUAGAGGUUGUCAAAUUCUUGGGUGAUAUCUUUGACGCCCUGCUGGAUAUUCUCGCUUAUCCACACGAUGAAGAUCAAUUGAACGACGAAAUUAAUAAUCAAGUAUUGGCUGCCAUCAUCUGGUUACUGGGAAUUGUUCAGGAUCGUCGUUUUAGUAAUUUCAGACCUGUACUUGACGUGUAUAUCAAAAACCGGUUUUCAAUUCAAGAGUACGAACGCAAUUUCCCUAAACAACAAACCUCUGAUGGUGAGGCCAAUUAUAGUUACCGACCUGUACAAGAAACCACCUAUCAGCAUUUGAUUGCCAGUCUUUCACGACUCUGCAGUGAUCACAGUAAAGCGAAAUUAUUGCGUAGCAGUAUGAAAGUGUGGGACUACUUGUUUCGAUUUAUUGUACGGUCUCGAUUAAACCAACAGGAAAAGGAAGAAGAGGGAGAACGUGCACGUAGUGAUCGACAAUUCCGAGACGAUCUAAAUAAGCUUUUGGAGGCAAUCACAUCCAUCAUGAGCUCAGAUCAGCCUAGUUCCAUGAUCGGCACACAAACUUUAACCUUACAACAUUUUGCCGAUAUUCUAGAAGAGUUGCACAAGAUCUUUAGUCCUCAGGAGGUGGUUCAAAUUGCGGUUUCCUUUGUUGAUGCUUGUUCACAUGUCACAGGCCGUUUAGUAGGGUUUAAGCUAGCCAUGAUCUUGACCAUCGUCAAAGGUUCGACAUUUCAUGAGACUCGAUUGGAUCUUGCAAAAAAUGUAUUUCGAUGGAUUCGACUAUGGAUAAACUCGUAUGGAUCUACAGCCAAGGAUGUGAUUUUCGCGCGUCAAGUAGAGCAACAAGACCCUUCCGUCGAUAUCAACCAGGCACAAACUCGAUUACCCCGUGGACAAUGGGUAGAGAACCUAAGGCUUUCCUUGACAAUCAUGAGUGAAGUCUUGGAUAAAGUAAGAAAGUCGUUUGGUAUGGCAUCCUCUGGACUUUCAUCUUCCUGUGUUUAUUCCCCUUCAUUUCAAUCAAGACCUACCUCUUUGGCAACGACCGUAGAUGAGGAUUACAAUCAACAUGAUUUAAAUACAAUUACAGAUGCAGCACUUCAAUUGAUUCCUCAAUUGAUUCACGCUUACAAGGAUAUCCAGAAAAUGACGAUCCAGGCAAUGCAUGUAUCUACGCCCACAGAGACUUACACUCGACCUCAUUCGAGACAGUCGAUUAGUAUUCUUCGUGAACGGUCAACUUCGAUUGGAAAUAAUACCAAGAGUUCCAUCAUGUCACCUGAUAUUUUGCAAGAAAUUAAAGGUGCUUUACCUGCUGCUAAUGCUUCCACAACCACUCUAUCAGGCAAUUCAAAUAUGGUUUUACAAGCGUUGUCAACGUCCCCUGCAGCACCUUUUCCAAGUACUUAUCCGUUCCAGCCACGUACCGUGUCUACAUCCGGUUUGACCAGUGAUCAUGCGGCGAUGCUUAGUACGGGACUAUUGGAUCUCAGCGUAGUGAUACUUGAACUUUUUUACUUGACGCCCAAACAACAAUGGACGACGUUUAUCAAGAAAAUGUACGAACAAGAAGGAAUUGAAGAAACGUGUGAUUUUCUCUGUAAAGUAGUGUACAUGUGUAUGUCCAUUUUAUUCGGGGACAACAUCAUGACCUUGGAAGAAACCAGUCUGGACCAUGACGCCAUGUCAUUGGAAGAAGACGACGAUAGCAAGUUAAAACGCAAACUACCUGAUCAUUGGCUCAAUCUAUCGACCAUAGCGCAUCAAAUUGUUCUUUGUCAUGUAUUGGAACCCAUCAAAUCAAUUUUGGAGAUGCCGGCGUUUACACCUGCCGCCUAUGAUAAUUCACCCAAGGUCAUGCACGAACAAAAAUCCGCUCUGUUAUUGUGGCGUGUUUACUUUGUGGGAUUUUUACGUGUUGUGGGUAGCCCUCAAUUAGAAGUGGCCGAAUUCAUGCCUCAAUCACAACGCGCCGUUUGGAAAAUCAUUGGAAAUAUGCGUGGUGAAGUAGGGGCAAAAGUCUUCUUGUCCUUAUGGCAUACAGCCGGUGCCUCCCCAUCUUCCUCCUCUUUGUCGUCAUCCACGGCAGCUACCGUCACAGACCGCUCCUCUGAACCUGGGAGAGAUUCCACUGACUAUUUCAAUUCGCAAUCACCUGUCAUGACAGACCAUGCUUAUUUUACCGAAGACUCUCGCAUGUCCAUGGCUUCCAUUGAGGAAGUCGACGAUGAUGAUAUUAGGCAUAGUGUUCGGAUCGGUCCAACCGACGAAGUUCCGCUUUCUUCGAUUCAUGAAGAGGAAAACGAAUGCAAGUCGCAUAUUGUUGCGUUCCUGCAAGAAGACUUGGCCGAAUAUAUACUCAGUCCGUUAUGUGCGGUCAGUUUAACGCUUCAUGAUCGUGUGCGAUCCAAUGCCAUUGCUGUGAUGGCUGAUAUUAUUGCUAUUGAAUUAUACACGUUUGGUGAAUUGCAUAAUGUACAACAUGCCCUGAUUAGUACUUUGGAUCGUUUAGUCAUGUAUGAAGAAAAGGGCGAUGAAGUCAUUUGUUCGCGUAUCUCGAUCGAGUUAGCCACUGCUUUAGAAACCCGCCUUCAAACAGCCGACCGUAAUGAUCUGAUUGUGCCCGGUUUACGCGCGGUGGAUUCGAUUUGUAAAUUCUUAAGUUUGUUACUACAGAUUCGAAGUUUACCGUUGGACGAUGAUGAAUUUAUGGAUGAACGUAUCACAUCUACUUUGAAACUGAUGAAAUUCAUUCAGGUGAUUGAACGAGAGGAGAUCUAUAUCAAGUACGUGCAUCAAUUAGUUCAACUUCAUUUGGACAGUCGUAAUUUUAUUGAGGCAGCGUUGACCUUGCAAUUUCAUGCGGAUUUAUUGGCGUGGGAUCCCAGUGAUCAAUUACCGGCUAUACCGGAAUUGGGACUCAAACUUCAAUCGUCUUUCCAUCGCAAGGAAGGACUUUACAUGAAAAUGAUUACCUAUCUGGACCAAGGGUGUGCUUGGGAACUCUGUAUUCAAUUAUGCAAAACUUUAGCUUACGAGUAUGAAACAACGCUCUAUGAUUUUGUCAAAUUGAGUGAUAUCUUGUUACGUCAAUCGACUUUGGCUGAAAAUAUCGUGAAAAAGGAACGAUGUUUCACGGAAUACUUUCGUGUUGGAUUUUAUGGCCGUGGAUUUCCUGCCAGUAAUCGUAAUCAACAGUAUAUCUAUCGUGGUCUCGAAUGGGAAAAGAUGCCUUCAUUUGUGGAACGUAUGCAAAACCGUCAUCCCAACGCACAACUCUUAUCGAGUAAGAUAUCCAACGCAGUGUCUGUUAGUGAGGAGCAACUGAAAGAAUUAGAGAGCACACUGGAUGGACAAUACCUUCAAAUUACCUCUGUUACCCCCAUUCCCGACAUGGACAAUCAUUGCCUUUCAAAUCCUAUUGUACCAGACUGUAUCAAGAAAUACUAUUACUUUAAUAACGUAUCCAAGUUUUCCUUCUCACGUCCUGUCAUUCGUCCUCCCUCUACAGAUAUCGAUACCAAACAACCUGAAUCGGAUUUCUUGAACUUGUGGACAGAAAAAGUUGAUUUUGAAUGUGAAGAUCGUUUCCCUACCAUUGUGAGACGAUCCAAGAUUAUUCAUUCUCAAUUGAUUGUUGUGUCGCCUAUAGAAAACGCUGUGAAGGCGAUGGAGAACAAGAACAACGAAUUGAUCUCGUUGGAAAAGAAAUAUGCUGUCUAUUUAAAUCAACAUCAUCAUACGAAUAUCAAUAUUAAUCCAUUCUCUAUGUCCUUGAAUGGUGCAGUGGAUGCUCCCGUUAAUGGUGGUGUGCCAUUGUAUAAAAAGGCCUUUCUCAGUAAGGCCUAUUGGGAUAAAAACCCAGAGAUGCGACCUUGGAUUCAAAGACUCCAAGACGCUAUUUAUCAUCAGGUCCGUAUUAUUCAAAAAUGUUUAAACACGCAUAAUCAACUCGUGAGUGCAGAGAUGCGACCUUUCCAUACCACCUUAACUGAAUUCUUUCACAAGAAUUUUGCUGAAGAGAUUAAAACGAUCAAGGAACAAACGCAACAAGAAGCAGUGGAACAUGUGCCUUUAUCCAUUACUACGACGGGAUCAACGGUGAGUCGUCGUCGGUCUACGAUUAGUAGUUGUACUACGGAAGUAGGCAUGGAAGAUUCGAUCAAGUCUCGACAGAGUAGUACGAUCAGUCAAACACCCGGGAUUGGGGGUGUACCUGUUUUACCUCAAUUACCCGUGAUGUCGCCUAUCAGUCGAGCAUUUUCAAUCCGUACACCCGUUACGGAUAGUAUGCCUGGUUCACCCCAUUCCCCUACCGCUUUUGAACACGCCACCAUGUCACGAGCCGAAAGUAUUUCUCGUACAUUGAAAAUGUCACUUCGUAGUAAAAAACUAAGAAAGAAGUCUACGCUUUAAAAUAAAAAAAAAUAGAGUGUACAGCAAAA